AACUUAAAAUGAUGAAUACUGAAAUGUGAUAUAAAAUGUGCCUUGCCUUUAUACACAUUUUUUUUUUUUUUGCUUUCUUUCUUUUUCUUUUUUCCCUUUGUGUUUGCUGAGACGCAUGGCCAGUGUUGGCUGACUGAGCUGGCUGAUGAGAGAUGUGAGAUGUGGGCAGCUUGGUGACACAAACCGGACCAAUAACACCCGGCUCCAUACUCUCUCUGUGCCUCAUGAUCGCAGUGGCGGGACGGUACAGGAUGGGAUCAGAGAUGCUCCUACACGCCCCUCCCGUCCAGAGACACAGCCUCCAUGUGAUCUCCUCCUCUCUCUUUCUCUCUCCGGGUGCUCGGGUUCUGACGUCAGACGUGCUCCUGAUCGGUUGCUAUGGUAACAUAUUUCCCUAUACCCCCUUCCUCUUCCCUCCCUCUCUCUCUGCUCUGGUAGGUCCACAAUGGUACAGCCAGCAUCUUGCAGCACAAUGGUUGCAAGGUGGUGAGCUGAGGGAGAGUGAUUCAGCAUCAGCAAACCUCGGUUCCGUCCACCUCUGCUUUUUUUCUUUCCUCAUCGCCUUUUUUUGAGUCGUUUUUUCCCCCCACCCCUUCGCCAUCUUUAUUUAUGAUCGUUUAAAGUCAGCCUCCAGCUAUGGUCCCCGCAAUGUUUCUCGUCGGGAUGUUUUGAAAAGGACUGUCACCGGACUGGGAUCGUCAUCAGCUGGCACGGAAUGGUAUUUAUGAGCAGACAUUUCUUAUAUAACUGCAGCCAACCAAUCCUGGAUGUGAAGAUAGCCUUUUGUCAGGGUUUUGGAAAACAAGUGGAUGUGUCAUAUAUUGCCAAACAUUACAACAUGAGCAAAAGCAAAGUGGACAACCAGUUCUACAGUGUGGAAGUGGGAGACUCCACCUUCACAGUUUUAAAACGUUACCAGAAUUUAAAGCCCAUCGGCUCUGGAGCUCAGGGAAUUGUCUGUGCGGGCUAUGAUGCUGUUCUGGACAGAAAUGUAGCCAUCAAGAAGCUGAGCAGACCCUUCCAGAACCAGACCCAUGCCAAGAGGGCAUACCGGGAGUUGGUGCUCAUGAAAUGUGUCAAUCACAAAAAUAUUAUCAGUUUAUUAAAUGUCUUCACACCACAGAAAUCAUUAGAGGAAUUCCAGGAUGUGUACCUAGUGAUGGAGCUGAUGGAUGCCAACUUGUGCCAGGUGAUUCAGAUGGAGCUUGACCACGAGAGAAUGUCCUACCUGCUCUACCAGAUGCUGUGUGGUAUCAAACAUCUGCACUCAGCCGGCAUUAUUCACAGGGACCUCAAACCAAGCAAUAUAGUGGUGAAGUCAGACUGCACCCUGAAGAUCCUGGAUUUUGGUCUGGCCAGGACUGCAGGCACCAGUUUCAUGAUGACCCCUUAUGUGGUGACCAGAUACUACAGAGCCCCAGAGGUUAUCCUAGGCAUGGGAUACAAAGAGAAUGUGGAUAUAUGGUCGGUGGGGUGCAUUAUGGGAGAAAUGGUGCGCCACAAAAUCCUCUUCCCUGGGCGGGACUACAUCGACCAGUGGAACAAGGUGAUUGAGCAGCUGGGCACACCCUCACCAGAGUUCAUGAAGAAGUUGCAGCCCACAGUGAGGAAUUACGUCGAGAACCGGCCAAAGUACGCAGGUCUCACCUUUCCCAAGCUCUUCCCUGACUGCCUUUUCCCUGCUGACUCUGAGCACAACAAACUCAAAGCUAGCCAAGCCAGAGACCUGCUGUCUAAGAUGCUGAUCAUCGACCCUGCUAAACGGAUAUCGGUGGACGAAGCCUUACAGCACCCCUACAUCAACGUGUGGUAUGAUCCAGCUGAGGUGGAGGCGGCCAGAGAUCUCAUCCAAAUAUCCAUGCCUCCACCUCAGAUCUACGACAAGCAGCUGGAUGAAAGAGAACACUCCAUUGAUGAAUGGAAAGAACUAAUUUACAAAGAGGUGAUGAACUUUGAGGAGAGAACGAAGAAUGGCGUUGUGAAGGGACAGCCUUCACCUUCAGGUGCAGCCGUGAACAGCAGCGAGAGCCUCCCCCCCUCCUCCUCCAUAAACGACAUCUCCUCCAUGUCCACCGACCAGACCCUGGCCUCAGACACUGACAGCAGCCUGGAGACCUCUGCAGGACCCCUGGGGUGUUGCAGGUGACUAGCCGCCUGCCUGCGCAACCCCAUGUUCUUCCGAAGGUGAAGAACCCAACCCGAAAUGACCGACUGAAAAUACAAAAAAGGAAAAAAAAGAAAAAAAGAGUAAAGAUCAAAAUUAAUAUAUUAAGAACAAAAACAUGAGUCGUGGAAACACCGAAUCUGAAAUGAUGAAAUCUAAAGCCUGUGCAUUGUCAUUCAAAAACAGCAGUGGUAUUUAAACUGAAGUAAAUGAGCUGAGAUAUAUGUUAAUGAUCCUCUAGUUGCUUUGCUUAUAUUACCCCACAUAUCUUGUAUAUGGCAUCCAAACAAAAUGACCAAAUGCUUCGACUUGCAUCUCCUGUAAAGUGCAUAUUGGCUGGCUGCUGGUCUCCCAAUUCCUUACAAAAGCAUUUAUGCUCCAAUCAUUGUGGCAAGGUGGGCUGCCAUUUUGCUCAUCGCUACUGUACAAUACAUCCUCCUUUCCCCCCUCUCCCCAUUCACCCCUUAUGUAAUGACACUGCUGUAUUUUAACCUCUAGGCUUUGCCUUAGGCACCCUCAUCCCCACCCAACACAAUCCCCAAUGUAAGGUUGCCUGAUUUGUGUGUUUUUAUGUGGUUAUUCUGCAGGGAAAUGUAGUCACUCUCACCCAGGGUGGCGCUCCCUGCGCUACUUGUAAAUAAUGUAAUUCUGUACAGCUGAAGGGCACACAGAGUGGGACUGAUGGCCAGUACACUGGGAGUUUUUUUUUCUGACUAGCGCACCUUGCCACAUCACCGCUUUCCACCUCAGUUGCCCCUGCCUAUUGCUGUAGUCCUGCAUGAUUAGAUUUAAAACAAUGCUAAUCUCACUGUAUGCUAAAAUGAGUCUGUAUAGAGACUAUUGUUUAUAUACGAUGUAAACUAACUCAACUCCAGACAUGAGGGGGGGGUCUGGGCACAGGAUAGGACGAGUGAGUGUGAGUGUGUGUGUGGGUGUGUGUUUGUUAACCACAGGCAAGCCAUUAAGACAUUAGUAAAUGUCAGGGCUGAGUUCGGGACUUAAAGGGUCAGUACACUCUGAGAUAAAUUAUUUUGAUUGUGCUCAGACUUCAUAAGAUUACCUUUAAGGGGUUUUAAAAAAAAGUCUGAUUUGUGUGUAAUGUCCCUUUUAUUUCUCCUGGCAGUGUAUGAUCGGUCCCUCCACCACCCCACGGGCUGGCCCACAGCCCUGCAUGUCAUUGUGUACCAUUAACCCCUCAUAGGCACAGGAGGUUGGUCUGUUUCACUGUGGUGUUACCACAAGGGGACUAUUCUUAUUUAUUUGACUGUCUGAAACUGAGGGCUUAUGGAAAGAGAUACAAAUGAUGCAGUGGGUAGUUUAAAGGCGGGCGAUGAGUGUUAACCUCGUAGCAAUGUUUUAUUCUAAAGUCAUGUACAUCAUUUCACUACACACGAGAAAAAAAAACAUGUUUUUGUUAAUAAUAAAUGAACUGGAUACAGGCUACCCAACAGUUAUGUUGACUACAUCAUUUCUCAGCUGGAAGAUUUAUUUAUUGAUUUAUUUAUUUUGAUAGACGAAACCUGAAUAUGGCAAGUGCCUUUUGGAAUGAAGCAUUGCAGGUACAGAAAUGAUAUUAUUUUUGGGUAUUUUUUCCUUUGCUUCUUCUUUUUCUGCCUUAAAACUAUCCGUAUCCCCAACGCACCAAUGCUGGUAGAAACAUUUAAGCAAAAAACACACAGUUUGGCCGGAUGUUGGCGCUUUAACUUUAGGUUUUAUCCAGUGACAGGGACACUUUGGGGUGUGAAAUCAAACUGCUUUGUUCAGAUCAAAUGGCUUAACACAUACUUAAGAUAGGUUUUACACAGCAUGGAAGGAUUUCUGUCAUUUCCCAUAUUGAUUUAUCCUUCAAACUGAAUCUCCACAGUGUGUGACCAGAUUUUCUCAAACUGGGGCACACGCACAAACACUCGCAUGCAUUGUUCGCAUUGAACUUUGCAAAGGCUUGGCAGCUCUAGGGCACUCUGUCUCUCACUCCACCGUCCAGUUACAGCCCGUCACUGUAGGUCACAUGUAAUCUUUGAUAUUUCACUCAUCCCAUUCAAAACACGCUAUAUUUUUACUUCUCACAACAACAACAGUUUAAGCUACAGUUGUGAAUAUGCAAUGGUUGAUUGCAACUAAGGUAUUACUACAGCUUUCUUUUCAUGCUUUAGAUUAAAAAACACUCCAACUAGAAGCAGGUGAUCUACAGUGAGUUGCUUUAUUUGUGUUUGUGUUAGUAGUUAGUUUCCUUAGGUAAAUAAUUCUCAUAAUCUUGGUUUCCAGUGCCGUAUUCCAUGUUCUUAUGCAGGUUGUGUGGGUUGAUGGGCAAAGAACCAUUAACAGAUGCUGGGUUACGAAACCACAUUUUGCAGGCAAAGAAAUAAUUUGUGCUUGAAUAAUUCAGAUGGAAAGACAUUCUAGAAACUGUGAGCUGUUUUUGUGAACAAAACAUGGAUUUCCUCCUACUUUAUGUAAAGUUUACAUAACAAAUUGCAUAACUUGUCAUCAGUUGACAAUCAGGUAACCAAAAACAUAAAAAGAUGUUUUAACACACUCAAGGAUGCUAACGUUGGCCCUUAAAGGGGACCUAUUAUGCUACACUGAUUUUCUGUCAUAUAUAAUGUUACAGUGCUGGAUGUUCAUUUUAAAGGUUUAAAAGUUUUAAAUAAAUAGUUGAAGAAAUGUAUGUCUUUACUAUCUUUAAAUGGUCAUCUGCUCCAGGCACGCUACCGCAAGUGUUUACAUAGGCCUAUUACAUACACUGCUACAUGUAGCUACAUGCUAACGUCAGGGAAACGAUUCUGGUUGCAGAUGGUGUUAAUUUCUCCCCAGUUUUGGCAGAAACGUGUUUGGUUGUGAAGAUUUUGGUUUAGAAGCUUUUAAUGGUCAUAUUUUAUGGUAGAAAGUGCUGCUAUACUUUGUUACAGUAAUUCCCCAGCCACAAGUACACUGCUACAUGUAGCCACAUGCUAACAUCAGGGAAACGAGUAAUUUUUGUUGCAGAUGUUGUUAAUUUUUCCCUAGUUUCGGAUCAUAUUCCUGCUGGAACAUGACUGGUUGUGAAGAUUUUGUUUUAGAAGCUUUUAUUGGGGAUUUUACAUGUUAGAAAGUGUUGCUAUACUCCAGUGGGCUCAAGAUGGAGGCUUAAAGAAAUAGACGCUAAAAUGGAGCGUUUCAAACUGACGGUGUCCACAGGUGCUCUGGCACGCACAUGACGAGGAAAAGAAAAUGUUUUUUGUGCAUUAAAGCAUGUACACAUUAUAGUAGACACCCAAAAUACAUGUUUAAACUUGAAAAUGAGCAUAAUAGGUCCCCUUUAAUGAAACAAACUGGGACAUUUGAGUUUGUUUCUAGCAUGUUAAAACACCAUUUACAACAGUUUCUAUAAAUAUCACCAUAUUUCCUACAUAUGGAAAUUGCAUGGAUCAUAUGUCCAGUAGUUUAGAAUAAAGGUUAAAUUCCAGUCAUGUGACGGCACUGUUUAGGUGGACAUUUCACAUAUGUUUCUUCCGUGUCUCUGUACUCUCCGGUUGAGCUGCUAUAGCACAGUGGCUUAAUCUGUGCAUGGAGUCUACCCAAAGCACUCUGUCACUGUACAUACAAUGUCUCAAAAUCUGUUCCCACCAAAAUUAUAUACAUAACUUGUAAUAGCUACUUUGUUAACACUCUAUCUGCCUGUGGCUCGUGUACAGUAAACCACACACAGACUUGCAGUACCUUCACAGAGCUAAGAGGGUAACUGAGGGUGGCGUCUCCAGAAUAAGCUAUGGCUAGCUUGGCUUUCUGUUCAGGGUCUGGCCAGGGCAAUCUUUCAGAAACAGGGUGCAACUUUGAACUUCUUUGUGUUUUGAAAAUGUUCUGAUGAAUCUCUCACAAAAGGGGUCUGUCUCGAGUGGACUCCUGCAACCACAAAUACUCACAGUACUGUUGCAGUUAUUACUACAGGGCAUUUUUAACCAUCCAAACUACAUUCUUCUUUUCGAGUACAAAUAUGGAAACAUUUUCUAUUUUUCUUUCUCUGAAUGUGAUCUUUUUAUAAAAACAUCCCUCCAGACAAUUCUGUUGUAAUAAACAAAAAGGUGCUUUUGGUCCUGUUUAACGCGCCUGAAGGUAGAGAUGAUUCUCACAGCUGGGUUGUCAGCACUGAAUGUAGAAAUGAAUUGUUUCACUCACAUCAUUGCUGCUCUGCUUUGUCAUCAGUGUGUGUUUGCGUGCGUGUGAUUUCAAAAUGACCAGCAUUCAACACAAACUGUCUGUAAGGUUGAACUGGAAGAUGUGAUCUGCAAUCUGGACAGAUUCUUUAUCAGUUCAUGUUUUCAUGUUUUGUUUAGAUACAAGAUUUUGUGGGAUCACUUUUAAGAAUGUUGACAGAGAGUCGGUGAAGUCAUGUGUUUGGAAGUAGUUCAUGUGUGUUUUCAUGUUCAGUCACAUAAAUUUUAGAAUUAGAAAUGUGUCAGCUACCAAUCCAAGGGAUUUAAAAUGAUCUCUUGUGGAUUCAGGAUUUAGCCAAAUUCAUUCAGUCUGUUAGCCAUUUAUUUGUAAUCUGAAGGCGAGUGACUUUUCAUUCAGCCAUAAUAUUUUUGCCAACAUGAAGUCACAAGUUAGGAUACAUCUUGUAUUCAGCUGUGCCAACAUAAAAUCUUUGGACUCAGUACUUGUGACCCCCAUCUUUUCACCUAUUUCUUUCAAGUUAUAUUGUAAAUAACAACAACCCAACAAUGCAAUAAACAUUAUUGCACUCAGACAGGGAGGCAAGCUACAGCGAGGGUCAGGUGAUGCUAAAAUCUUUAAAAGUCUUUUAAUGUGGACUGAAAUGUGGAACUCUACAAUGAUGAAACCCUGUAUAGCUCAUCUGAAUCAGGUGAUGUCGUUCUUCAGUUCUUUUUACAAUUUCCUUCUCUCUUGUUUCUUUUACUCCGUGCUGUUUUAAUGAAUCAUUCUUUUGACAUUGUCAGGUUAAAAAAAAAAAGAAAUGAGAAAUUGUAUCUGUUUCACGCUGAUCUCAAAGCUUCAGGCUAUAGCGUUUCAAAUAAAGUCAAAACAAAUGCAAAAGAAAAAGAAAAAAAAUUACUGAAAGCUAUUACUGUAAACACAACAUUUUAAAGGAACUGUGUAUGUAAAAAUAGUAUAUGUAUGUGAUUGAAAAUAAACAAAAUCUUUGAUCUUGGACAAAGGUGUACUGUUUUCUUUUAGUGAAUGUUUUUUUUUUCUGUGAGCCUCUGUUUGUUCCUGUCCCUUUCCUCCAUAACACCCAUCUGACCAAACUGUCACAGUGACACUGAGUCCCUCCUACACAGACUCAGGCUCCAGUCAUCGCACCUGCUGGACUCACAAUUUAAAGGCUGGCAUCCAUUAGCAAGUUUUCAAGCAGAAUGAAUACAAAUAAUGCAUUAAAAAA